AUUACAUCAAAGUCUCAGACAAGAAUCAUCAAUGGGUCUUCAGGACGAGUAUGAACGUUACAAGGCAUCCGAGAGGGGGAAUGUACCGUUUGAUGAAGUGAAUCGAUACAGAAAUCCCAACCCCAAUCCAAAUCGAGACCGACUUGAGGAUCGUACUAAUACUCAGAAGCUUUAUGAUCAUGUAGAUAUUGAUAGACUAACAAGAAAGUCACCAGCAAAAUAUGCAUCUUAUGAGCCUACCAAUUAUUUAUCACAUGAGUACAAUACUAAUUAUAAGUAUAAGAGAAAUGAUUAUGGUAAGGAUAGCUAUCAACUGCGAUUUUCUAACCUCGGAGACAAGUAUUCGAGGAAUUCUAAGCAACCAUUAUUUAAUGAUAGAUAUGAUAAAGUAGAAACAAGACAAAGAUUAGCAUCUCCAAUCAGGUCUCUUCGAACACCAUUGACUCCGUCGCGGAUUAAAGUACCAAAGUUGUAUAAAGUUUUGAAUGAACCAUCGGAAGUCAGGAACCAAUUCUAUCCCAUUUCAUCUGGACCAGUUCUACAUAAUUCCAAGAUCUCCAAGAGUAGAAAGGAUAUUGAAAAUCAGCAUCAAGAUGGAAUAUUCUCUCGAUUACGGGGGUAUCUAAACAAGCUCAAUGUGGUUGACCACCACUCAGACAAUCAUUUGAAUCUUUUACGACAAUCAACAAAAGAAAGAUUAUAUCCUAAUGGUGUAGGAGUAGAUAAUAAACGAGUUACUUUUGAAGAACCUAAAUCAUAUAAAUAUCAAAGAAAUGAUUCUAAAAUAGAUCUCGAUAAUGAUAUAGUGGAUGAUACAAUACAAAAUACUAAAGAAUUAGAUUAUUUAUUAAAACAGCAAAGAAAAGUCGAAUUGAAUGGUGAAAUUCGAAGAUUAAAUGAAAGACUAAAAUUUGAACAAGAGAAAUUUACUAAAGAAAAUGAAAACUUUGAAAAGAAAAUCAACUCGUUGCAUAAUUCAUAUCAAGAAAAAAUUGAUCAUUUGAAUGGUAGAAUUGAAGAUUAUCGUCGAGAAGUUGAGAAACAUAUCGAUAAUGACACCAUAAAGCAGGAUUUUGAAUUACUCAGAAUAGAAAAUCAUGAGAAAGAUCGCAUAAUUAGUGAACUUCGAAAUGAAGUCGAAGCAGCUCAACGACAGUUGAAUGAAAAGGAUAAAGAAAUACAGGUAUUAAAGUAUGAUAAUAAAUUAACUAUGAAAUUAACCGAUAUUAAAAGGAAAAGACAACUAAUAGCUGAUUCGCUUGCGUUUGAAACUAAACAAAUUCAAUUGAAAAUUGAUAAUGUUGAGAAUCAAUACUUGAAGUUACGCCUUGAUUCAGGUACUGUUUUACCCUCACUUAUUGAAGAAAACCCUACGGAAUAUGAUAAGACCAAGUUAGGUAUUGAUAAGGGAAUCUCUACUCUUAAGACGUUGCGUGGAGUUAUCAAUUCUCCAGAGUUAGAUCAAAUUGAUUCCUUCAUAAAUAGUUUACAAACGUAUUUGACUAAUUCAAAAUCUAAGAAUGAACAGAAAUUACAUACCAUAGACCAAAAACUAAGUCAUGUCAAUAUUGACAAUUCAUCAGUUAUCACAAUCGCCAAAUUGAUAAGAAGGAAAUUUAUAAUUCUCACUAAAUUGAAAUCGCUCAUAAACUUGUCUACAAAUGCCAAUAUACUAGGAGAACAUUAUGAUGAUAUAAGGUGCUUACAAUCAUUUGAUGCCACUCCACACAUCGAUCUCUAUGAGAUCUAUACUAAGAUUAAGUUUGACUUAAAUAGCAGUAACUUAUGAUGACAUACUUAAGUAAUGUAUAGUACCAGUAAUGUAUAGUACGUAACAUUUUUAUACUACGUAACAUUUUUUUUUCUAAAAUG